CGUCAAUGGGCAGAGGCUAAAACCUUACUUCACAGAUGCAAAACCCGAAGAAGGAACCAACAUUCCUUUAUCGGAACCCGAUCUCGCCUAAGGACAACAAAAUAGUCAGGCUCGCGACUUUAAACAAGCGCUGACUGGGAGGCAACCCACAUGGUUUGAUUUUCUUUCUCUUUUGUGAUUAUGUUUUCUUGUGUGAAUUGAUUUUUGGUUGUGUUUUUAGAUGAUUUUUAGGCAUGUAUCACGAUCAGGCAUAGAUCGAUCCGAAAGAAACAGAACGGCGAUCCAGGUAAGGGAUCGGUCGAUCCGGUAUACGCAGAUCGGUCGAUCCGUGCAUAAGAUCGGUCGAUCCUAAGAGUACGGAUCGGUCGAUCUAAGGUAAGUCUUGCCCGGUUUGAUUUCACUCAAUUUAAACCGGAAAACACCCACAAAAGAUCCCACUCGCGAAAAUCAGAUCAAAACACUCAUAAUUUCAUCUUCCUCUCCUCUCAAACUCUCUCAAACCUCUAAAGAACAUGCAAAUCGAUUUUCAUCAUAUCUCAACCGAUUUUUGUAAUUCUUGGUGCUAAACUCAUUAGUUUUUCAAGCUCUAUCCAUUUCUACCAUCAGUUUUCAUCAAGACACAGAUAAUGCCUAAGAGACAGAAGAAGCAGAGUGAGCGUGGGGAUUCCUCGGUACAGACUGCUAGGCUCAGCACAAAGGGCAAGUUCCGAAAGACGGAUAGGUCUCAUCCUGCGAAUCGAGAGAUAACCCAGCAGUGGGAUAUACAUGAUGAUGAUUUCUAUGAGCAGAUGAGGGGAGUGGAAAUAUGUCCGUCGCGCUUCGCUCACAGAGACACUACAGAUGCAUUGGGGAUAACCGAGGAUAUUGAAGCCUUGUUCGAGAAGAUUGGCCUGGGAUACAUCUUCGAUCUUCACUGUGAUUGCUAUGCUGACUUGACCAGGCAGUUCCUCGCAUCAGCCCGCCUCUACCAUCCUGACGAGGACAACCCAGUUGCUGAUAAGGCGAUGUUCUCCUUCAUUGUGAACAGGCAGUUCCACUCCAUGACCAUCUUUCAGCUGUGCGACGUCUUUGGGUUCGGGAAAGGACGUCAAUCUUGUGUUCCUGACUUCCCGGAACACAAUGAUUUCUGGACAUUCAUCGCUUCAGGAAACUUCAUCUCUCGAGAGGCCAAGCAAGCGAGAAUACGUAGCCCUGUUCUGCGAUAUGCAGUGAGAGUGAUCAGCAGUGUUAUCUAUGGGAAGACGGAACCCGCUGCAGUGACAAAAGAUGAGCUAGCUCUUCUGUUCAUCGGGGCUGGACACCUAUGGCCUCAAGGCGCGGACAUUACCUAUGUUAGCGGGAAGGACAUAAACAUAGGAGCUGUGAUCGCGGAGAAGCUUGCGUACUUCAAAGUUUCAGAUACGAAGAGAUGUGGGUUUGGAGCGGUUAUCACACAGAUCUUAAGGCAUUGUGGAGUGUUUCUUCCACCUGUUGACAGAGUGGUGGAUAAGAAGGGGAUGUAUCAGAACUUUUUCGACAUGAGAGCACUCAUUAGCAGCCACUACCUCACCGGCCCUUGGCGAGGAAGCAUCGACAAGUCCGCCCCUCAUAUCUACCAGUUCCAGAACCAACAAGGGAGAGAGCAAUUUGUCAAGCUACCCGAUACCGCCAUCACCGAGCUGACUGAUCCAGGUGCUAUCAUAUUUCUACCACCGCCUGCAUCUCUCUGCACCAGACCCGCGACACUGAAGAAGAAAGGAGUCGCAUCAUCAUCGACACACCAGCAGACACCACAUGAUGAUAUAGAGGAGGAACCUGAAGAUGAGGAAAGUCUUUUCCCCACGGAUUUCACUCCGUAUAUGCUGCCACCAGCACCUCCCGCUACUGCAUCCGCUGCUGAGAUCAACGCUUGGUCGAUCAAGAGCCAUCAAACCAACAACUCCAUACUGCUGAAGAUGUGGAAGGGAAUCUGCAACAUUAAGAAGGGAUGCGCAUCACAGCCAGCUGUUUCUGGAGAUAGCGAUGACGACUCAGGCGCUCACGACACCGCUGCUGGACCUGAGGCAGCGGAGGACUCUGAUGAUGAUGGAGCCUUGGAGAGGCGCUCCAAGAGGCGUACUGACCGCAACGCCUGAUCGGUAAUCUCUCUUGGAAUUAUUUUCACACCGAGACGGUGUGAAGUAAGUCUGGGGGAGGAUGCUACUUAUGUACCAUAUUGCUUUUAUUUCUUUUAUUUUCUUAGUUUAUCGGAUUUGAUUGUGUUUUAA